CCCAGCAAUGCUGUACUCUCACAGGCUCACUCAGACAGCCAAGGGCCACAGUGUGAGCGUGAGGAGGUGAGGGCCACGGAGAGCAGCGGCUGCAGAGAAGGGAACAGGCAUCUGGACAGACACACCUGCAACACAGCACCACCUCAACACCAAACAUGGACAACAUGGAGUUUGUGUACGAAUAUUUGAGCAUGGACGGUAUGUGGAUGUACGUGGCAGCGGCGCUGGCCGUCAUAUGGGUCGCGGUCUAUUUCUACCUGGACAGCCAGGAGGUGGACACAAUCAAUGACAAGUAUGUCUUUGUGACGGGCUGUGACACGGGCUUCGGGAACCUGCUGUGCAAGCGGCUGGACCGGCGUGGUUUCCGCGUUCUAGCGGGCUGCCUCACAGAGAAGGGGGCGGAUGACCUGAAGAGGGCAACGGGGCCGUACCUAAAGACCACCCUGCUGGAUAUCACCAGCACCGAGAGCAUCCAGAAGGCCGCGGAGUGGACCAAGAAGGAGGUUGGGGAUAGAGGCCUGUGGGGCAUUGUGAAUAACGCAGGGCGGUCCCUACCCAUGGGGCCUUCUGAGUGGAUGAAGAUUGAGGACUUCAACGCCACACUGAAGGUCAACAUGAUGGGUUGUAUCGAGAUGACCAUGAACUUCCUGCCUCUCAUCAAGCAGGCCAAAGGACGCAUUGUGAAUGUGGCGUCAGUGCUGGGCAGAGUGGCUGCUAAUGGCGGCGGGUACUGCAUCUCUAAGUUCGGCGUGGAGUCCUUCUCCGACUGUCUCAGGAGGGACAUCCACUACUUUGGAAUCAAGGUGUGCAUCAUUGAGCCGGGUUUCUUUAAGACCGCGGUGACAAGCCUGGACCCCAUCGAGAGAGAGCUCAACCGACUGUGGAACCAGCUCAGCCCUGAGGUCCGCGCCAGCUAUGGGGAGAAAUAUCUCGACAAAUACAUCAAGGUGCAGCGGCUGAUCAUGAAUGCCGUGUGUGACUCCGACCUGAGCAAAGUCACCAACUGCAUGGAGCACGCCCUGGCUUCUGCCUACCCACGCACCCGCUACAGCGCCGGCUGGGAUGCCAAGUUUGUGUGGAUUCCUCUUUCCUACAUGCCCUCCUGGGUGGUCGACAUCGGCCUGAAACUGGUGCUUCCACGGCCUGCUAAGAGUGUGUAGAUUGACAAAUACCGUGCUUUACAUGUAUGGAUCGCAGGUAGGGUUAGCAUAAUGUGUUUAUGUGCUGGGGAGGAAACCAUUUGCCAAUAAGUUAUUGUAUAUUUAAAUAUUACCUAAGAAAAGCUGGCUGAGCUGUUUUUGCCUUAUUAUUUGUGAUCCAGGAAAAAAGUGAUUCCGCUCCAACUCUGAUGAGGCCUUCCUUGCUACCACUGUGUGAAAAGGGUGUUUGCAAGUGUGCGAUUGGAUUGGAGCAUUUGGGUUACAGUGGGUGAAGAAGCUGUAAAUCAUCUAGAUCCAAACUGGCCUGAGCUGUCCUGGGGCAGGUCUUAUGCGCACGAUGCUCCUUUAAUCUUAAAUAGGGUAGCUGACACUGGAACGGACCUGGAUCAGAUUCCUUUCGGGACGUCACCUGCAGCUGAUGAACUGAUUAACCAUUAAUGUGCAUUUCCUAAAACCACCCACUGUGAAGACUACAUCUGUUGGAGCGGCAUAAUUUGUUACAAUAAGUGACUGUCAAACUAAUGCAGUGCUUUUAUUGAUAUUGAAUGAAUUUACUGUACUGUAACCUCUGUACAAAUUAAAUAAAGCUAAAUAAAAAAAUGAAUAUAACAAA